CUUCCCAGAGUGUGUAGGCGCUCUAUUAUUGUGGCCUUAUUGCUAUCAACUGUUUAAUUGUUUAUUUCCUGUUGGAAGCUUUGGGGAGGCAGCACCCAAUAGCUGUAAAUAACAGCAAAUACUCUGUGAGAAGGAGAGAGAAAGGAAGACAGAGAAGUCUCUGCAGCCCACUCCAGCAGAAUUCCUCAAUCCCGGGUCCUGGGCCAACUACCACCAACUGAUGAUUUACUAAUAAUUUUUGCAGACAUUCUUGCCCAAAGUGGCUUGUUGCCUUGCUGGAUCCAGAAGAACUUGAGUAAAGGCUAAAAUCUGAUCGGGUUGGUAGUCCAACAGCCGGGUCAGUUACGCCGCAGCUGUUCCCCUUCUCAGUUUGGCAAAGCAUGUGAAUGACUGCGGGUGGAGAAGGCCCCUGGACAAUAAGAGAGGAUGGCAUCUCUCUAUCGCUUCUUACUGAUCCCUACUCGCCUGAUGCUGAAGGUCUCUAACGUCACGUCCUGGCUGACUGUGUAUAGUGCCUCUUGCCUUGCUGCAGUCUUCUACUGUUGGUGGGCACUAUGGCAGGGGCUGACUAGGGGCCCCUGCCAGGUGUUCCACAAGAAGAGUCGGGAGACUCCACCGAGCUGCCUCACUGAUGCCUCACAUGGGGAGCACCGCUAUCUGACACUAAAAAACUCAGGACUGCGGCUCCACUAUGUUGUAGCUGGCCAGGAAGGAGCACAGCUGAUGCUUUUCUUGCAUGGAUUUCCCCAGAACUGGUUCACAUGGCGCCAUCAGUUGCAGGAGUUUAGGCAGGCGUUUAAGGUGGUAGCACUCGAUUUGCGGGGCUAUGGUUUUUCUGAUGCACCAGCUGGUUGUGAGCAUUAUCAUAGAGAUGCUGUGAUUGAAGAUGUACAUGGCGUUAUUGAAGCUCUGAGCUCCAAUGUGAUUCCAAAGUGCAUCCUGGUAGGGCAUGACUGGGGUGGAUCCAUAGCUUCUGAAUUUGCUGCCACUUACCCCAGUAUGGUGAAGAAGCUGAUUGUGAUGAAUGCUGUUCAACUACAUGUCUUAUCAGAAUAUUUUCCACGUAAUCCCAUCCAGGUGCUGCGAUCCAACUACAUGCUCCUGUUCCAGCUCCGAAAGCUGCCAGAGCUCCUGUGGUCCUUAGAUGACUACUAUCUGAUAAAGUUUAUUAUGACUGGCAAGAAGACAGGAGCCCAGAAUCCAGCAUGCCGUUUAACAGAGGAGGAGUUGGAGGCUUAUCUGUAUGGCCUCUCGAAGCCUGGGGGUUUAACACCAGCCCUGAAUUACUACAGGAACAUGUCCACCUGGAUUCCUGCAAAGCGCAAGGAUAUACUGGUGCCCACCCUGCUGAUCUGGGGAGAAAAGGAUGUAUUCUUGGAACGAGGACUUAUCCCGCUUAUGCAGCAGAAUGUGCGGAAAAGCAUCCAUGUUCAGUGCAUCCCUGAAGGCAGCCACUGGGUCAGUGAGGAGCAACCUGAAAAAGUCAAUCAACUGAUGUGGGCUUUCCUCUUGGGGAGAGUCUGAGAUGGAAAGAUGAAAUAUCUGCUCUGUGUACUAGAAGCAUCCCUGCCACUCUGCAUACAGGAAAUGACAACAGCAGCAAUUUGGCCUGACUCUGGAAAGCUGAUCCUGUGGAAUGCUUCUAUACCAUAUAGGAACACAAGCCCCAUGCAGCAUGUAUCUGGUUUUGGCAGAAGUCUGUGCUCUUUUGCAGUACAAUAACAAGGGUUUGCUUCAUGGUUUCUGGUAUGGGGCUUCCUGACAAUGAAACCACACAGCUGUUGCAUUUGAUGAAAGGCCUUCCAGCUUACUUCCUCUGUAGCAUUAAUAUCCACAGAAGAGCACAACUUUGCCUUCUGUAUUCCUUUUUCUUUGAUGUGCUUUGGAACAGCUGAAUCCUAAGCUAAGCAGUGUUUUCACAGUUCCUGUCUCACGUUCCUUUUCACCAGUACCUCACUGCCUUGGCAAAUGGUGCUGCCCAAGCUAUAAAGAAAAAAGGCCCUUGGUAUGGAUUGUGUGGAAAUCAAAGUUUUCAGCAUUUUUGCUUUACUGUAUACUUGGGAUGAACUGUUGACACAUUAGAGGGCAUUGCCUCUUAACAUGUGAUAUUGCCUGGACAUGUGAGUUGUACCUGCAAACAGUGUGGUAACAUCUCGGGGAGAAGAAUAAAUUAAUUGGAUGGUUUGAGAAGAGGCUUGAACUAACCCACAGCUCUGGCCAAAAAGAGGGUAUAACAGUUGCUCUUGCAAUGUAUUGCUUUUCCUGUAUAUGUGGUGGAUGAGAGGAAAAAACAAGACCAUCCAGUGUGUGUAUAAAAGGAGGAUAUGUGUGACCAAUGGGGAUGUAGCCAGGUGGGAGCUUUGUAACUGUCAGGAGAUAAAUGCCAGUUUGUUCAGAAAA